GGAAACUGAAACAUGGGAGUAAAUGUCAUCAUGUCUGUUUGUCAGUGUCGCCAUCCUAACUACAGAUUUUUGGCAAAAAACAUGCCGUAAGCCGUUUAUAAUGUGAUAAAUUGUUGCAGUACCUCACCAGUCACAUUUGUGUCCAGUACCUAUGAGGUGAUACCUGGUACAGUAACAACAUGUUGGAGGGACUCGCAGCCUGGGUCCUCAACACGUAUGUCGGGGAGUAUGUGGAGAACCUAAACACCGACCAGCUUUCUAUUGCACUCUUACAAGGAGCUGUGGAGUUAGAGAACUUGCCUCUGAAGAAAGAUGCACUGAGAAGUCUGGACAUUCCACUUGAAGUGAAGUCAGGUGUAAUAGGAAAGAUAACCCUACAGAUUCCAAUAAGUCGUCUCCGAAGUGAACCAUGGGUGAUUUCUAUAGAAAAGAUCUAUCUGGUGGCAGGACCGCUCACAGAAUUAAAGCAUGAUGAGCAGAAAGAAAAGGACCAAGAAAAGAAUUACAAACAAGAGAUGCUUGAUGCUUUAGAGGCCAAGUGGAAGGUUUUAAAACAGGGAAAACAAUCCGAGUUGACUUCUACAUCAUGGUUUUCAUAUGGAGCAUCGAUGCUUGCAAACGUUCUUGAAAAUAUUCAGCUAAUUGUCAGUGAUAUCCAUCUGCGCUACGAGGACGAACACUUAAAUCCGUCUUGUCCAUUUGCAUGUGGAGUGACGAUCAAGAAACUCAGUGCUCAGAGCACAGAUGGAAGUUGGACUCCCAGUUUUGUCCAUAGCACAUCGUCAGACAUGAUGUUCAAGCUGGCUGACCUGCAGCAUUUCUCUAUGUAUUGUGAUACCAACACAACGAUGCUGGGAGACCUGCCACUCACAGAACUCAUGGAUGCAAUGCAACGUGACAUGUUUGUGUCCACCCUUGAUAACAAUUUCAAAGAACAUGGCAACAUUCUCAGCCCCAUCAAUGCCCAGGCCAAGGUCACUCGCAGGACUUCGGUUCUUCCCCUGCGAUCUCCUACCUCUCCUAGAAUCAACAUCGACAUCAGUCUGGACAAAAUUGACUUUACUUUAACAUCAGAGCAGUAUCAGUGCUUGAUGUUCUGGCAGUCUGAAUUUGAACGUCAUGGUUUGAGACGGCUGUACAGAAAACAUAGACCAAUGAUAACCAUCAAAGAAAAUCCAAGAUCAUGGUGGCAGUUUGCUAUUAACUGCCACUUGGUGCAGAUACAAGACAGGAACCGGCGACUUACUAAAGAGUUCAUCCUGAAGCGAGUCCAUGAUUCAGUGGUUUACACACGGCUUUAUCUGCAGAGUCUCACUGAAGACACACUUACAUCAUCAGUACUUGCAGAGAAAGCUCAGUUGGAAGAUGAACUUGACUUUGAGGAACUAAAAAUCCUGCGAGAAGCAGUUUUAUCCAAGCUAUACAAGGAAAACAAAUUGCCUGUAGCUCGGAAGAGUCCAUCUCCCCAGGACCAAGUGGUUUCUACUGAAAAAGAGCAGCCGGGGUUGUUCCGACUCUGGUUUCCAGGGUGGUCAGGUUGGUCUCAAGCAAGUGCUAAACCGACAGAGAACAGCGUAGAUCAGGAAGUUUGUGAAAAAACACCGGAUCCUGUUCCAGAGACUGAAUCGACUGAUCCUGUCAAAAUAGAACAAGAAAUAAUGGAUGUGAUCAUGGAUUCAACUGAAAACAGCUCAUUCCUCCGCAAGGACACUGUAUUCGCUCAUUUUACCUUUUCACUGGCCAAAGGGUCCUUUGCAUUACUGGAGAUUAAAGACCAUGUUCCAGUUCCAUUAGUUGAGCUACAGUGUUCAACUAUUUCCAUGGAGUUUGAGUCACGCCCAAGAACCAGUGCCAUGAAAUUCAAGUUGGCUGUAGGCUGCCUCUAUCUGCAGGAUAAGGCAACAAAAGGAUGUGUUUUUCCAUAUGUGGUGGCACCACAAACACAUGAUCUCAGUAAGCAGCCAUUCUCAAUGAGUCCUCGGAAUCAGUCGUCAACUGAAACGAGUCCACCAAAGACACCCGAAGAACUUGGCUCCGACUGGAAGUUUUUUGAACUUCUGUAUGAAAAGAAUCCUCCAUCCAGCUUCUUCAGAUAUGGGAUCUCCAUCAAAACAAGGCCACUGGACAUUGUGUAUUCACCGAUGUUUCUGAAUAGCCUACAUGGAUUCUUUUCUUCUGUGCGUCAGGCUAGGAAGGCUUAUAGAUCUAGAGCAUCAGCUUGGAAAUUUGAGAAGCUAAAGAAGCAAUCUCCUGACCAGUUAAUGGAAACACUGGACCAGCUGCUCAAGGCAGAGGGCACAACGAUACGAUGGGAUAUCAAACUGGACAUAUCUGCCCCAAAGCUGAUCAUUCCAGAAAACUAUUGUGAUGUGUCAAGCAAUAUGGUUGUCAUAGAUCUGGGCAAGUUUUGUUUCCAAACAAUAUCAUCAAGAACACUGGGUAAAUCAUCUUCCAGUGACACUAAGGAAGAUGAAGAUGAUUUCCACACUCCACUUUCAACACCUCCAAAUGAAGUCAAUAGCAGCUAUAGCUUGAAUGUACCAGAGAGUAAUAACACAAAUAUGUCCAGAGAAACCUCAAACACUUCCCUGUCAGCCCUGUCAUCAACAGCAUUUCACGAUCACCUGUAUGAGAGGUACAACAUUGAGCUGACGGACAUGCAGGUUCUCCUCGGCCGGCCCCAGGAUAACUGGAGACAUGCCUACAGUCGGGUGUCCAGUCGGCUGCAUGUUAUUGACCGCUUCACCAUAUCCCUGCAGCUAGAGAGACGUCUUGUUGUGACAUCCGAUCCUCAGUGGCCCAAGAUGACCAUGGCAGGAAACCUUCCAGCUUUCACUUUCCACUUGAAUGAACGAAAGAUACAAGCUAUAGACGUGUGUGUUAAAAUUUUAUCGUCAUCUUCAACCUCUGAAACUGGUUUUGUUGAGAAUAUAUCAACGGCAAGUCUUGAAUCAGAAAUGUCCGAGGAUGCACGACCAGUGUUGGAAUCAGACAACAUUGUGAAAUCUGGGAAAGAAGAAAUAGACAACAAGCUGAUUGUUUUCCAGUUCCUAAUUCAGAGUCUGUCAGUUGAGGUGCACAGUCAAGAUCAAGCAUUGGUUGAGUUGAGGAUUUCCGGCGUACAAGCUGACGUGUCAAAGAAGCCUCACAACACAUCUCUCAAACUCACAGUGCACAGUCUGCUGGUCGUUGAUGCCUUACAGAGCUAUGGCACCGAUUUUGAGCUGCUCAUUGCUUCCCAUAAAAACCUUGUCCUGGACAGUAAGAGUGGAAGCAUGCGAGGGUCUGGGGCGACCUCCCCGCUCAGUCCCGGCUCGCCAACCUCACCGGAAGAUUGUACUGAUUUCCAGUUCCAUGCUUCGCAGUCCAUGCAGGAGAAACUGUUUAAUGCAUUCCGUAAAGUCAGCUCAUCAGGUUCCGAUAGUAAUUUGACUGGUGAGGAUCCAGAGAAGCUAAAUCUGCAAGAUAUGCCACCUACAGCAGUGCAGCCUGAAGCCCUGAUUAUUUUAGAAUACGAAAUAGUUCAUACUGAUGCAACCAACCCAGAUAAAACGUCGGAUGGACUGCAGAUAGUUAACCUUCAGUUCAACAACUUGGACAUCAUUGCCAAUCAAGAAACACUGGUAGAAGUGUUAAGCUUUUUAAAAAGAACAUUCCCAAGCUUGAGUACCAAAAACCAAAGAAAAUCUACAGCACAAGUCCAGCUUGUGGAUCAAGAUUUACCCAAGAAAGAUCGUAAAGUCAUUGUCACUUCCAUAUUUAAGCGGCUUAACAUAAUGCUGCCCCGGUUUAUAGAGAAAGAUGGGAGGAAAACUGGGAAGAAAAUUGCAACAGCUACCUUGACUACUGCUAAGAUUCAUGCUUCACUGGAGGAAGGGUGGAUGGUGGAAGGCAGCCUGGGAGGACUUCACCUGAAUGACGUGUCACCGGAAGCCACGCAGUACCAGCAGGUGUUUAGCCUGGGCGAGACUCAGUGGGACCAGCCCGACUGCCUCGUGUCUCCGGUCACCUUCCCUUCAGCCAUGUACCAGACGGCGCGAGACGACACCAUGUUCGAGGAAACUCCCGCCAACACCAAGCAGGCGUGCUCAUUCACCGUGUCCAAGAACUACUGUGAUCCCGAGAUUGAAAGCGUAUUUCACAAAAUGCAUGUCUCGUCCGAUGAAAUCUUGGCAAAUUUCGACAUGGCCUCCUUGUACUACACCCAUUGUCCGCUGUUUCUCCAGGAGCUGAUGGAUGGGUUGUCGGAGUUCCAGGAAUACAUGUCAUCCUUUGCAUCGACCGUUGGAAAGGCUGCCAGCGAGAUGGCCAGAGGAAUGGUUGGAGCUCUGGAUUCCCAUGAAAUGUCGUUUGCCUUGCGUAAAGACAUUUCUAUGGGUGACUUCGCAGAUGGGGUCAUGUUUGAUGACGUGUACGGUUCACAGACAUCUCUGGAUGCCAACAUUUCAGGACCCGUUAUUAGAGUCCGAGCGAGAAUGGAAACGCCCAUCAUUGUCCUUCCUCGGACCCCAACCAGUUCGCAUGUGCUUCUUGCUCAUCUUGGUGAGAUCACAGUAACCAAUGUAGAUCAUUCUGAACAGGAGGGCGACAGUGUCCGUGACCAGACACACACGAUUCACAUCUCUCUGAGAAACAUGAAUCUCUACUCGGUCGAUCUUACAGAGACGACAUUCUCCGGCAGUUUAGGAACAUCUGUCAACAGUUUCUCACAAGUGCCCCGCAUUCCAAUUUUGUACGACACCGCUGUCGAACUGGACAUAGCUACAAAGACUGUUGAUUUUCCCUUCAUCAAUCCCGAGGGAUUUCAAAAUCCCAGUUCAAUGUCACGGUCACCCAACAAACCAUUACAAGCAUCACUGUCUAAUGCAGUGCUGGAUGUUGCAGUCAAGAUUUCUUCGCCGUUAAAACUUGUCCUCUCAAAGGAAGUUUAUGAACAAAUACUUCAGACACUGGAUAACUUGGCGUACAACGAGGAUGACUAUGUGAGUGUGCCAAAUGACCCUGUAAGUAAUACUGACUCUACUAACAAUGCAAGCUCAAGCAGCAUGGACCAGUCACAAUUUAGCACAGACACGGCCAUGCACGAAUCGACCAUACAAGAAGGGUUCUAUGCCAAACACAUCAAGUUCGAGGUUCCUCUUUUCCAAGUGGAACUGAGGUGGAAUUUUGGGGAAGGAGAGCAAGGCCUUGUCGAUCUCAAACUUCACGACUUUUCUGUGCAAUAUACCAAAGAUAACAAGUACAGUACGAGGAUGCAGAUCCGGCUUAACUCCAUGCUUAUGGAUGACCUGCUCGAACUGCCCGACUCGGCUCACAGGCAGAUCAUCAUGUCGGAGAGUAGUCGGAACAGACGUGGGUUCGACUGGCAGUCGAAGAAGUUCCUCUCCAGUUCCUGUCCAAACAGCACCAUAAUAACCCCAGACCCACUGAUGCCACAUUCCCUGCCAUCCAGCUUCCACAAAGAGCCACCGAAACAGUCGUACAUUCCACAAAACAUUGGUGCUUUCGCAAGUUUCACAAGGUCCCUGAGAACAAAGACUGAUGGAGGAGGCUACCCACAGACUCCACCUCCAUCUCCCAUGGUUGAAGAGGGAAUAGAAACGAGGCAGGAAACUGAAGACCUUGUGUAUAUUGAUGUCGUUCUCAUCGACAGAAAAUCCUCAGAGUAUGUCAACAAAUACAACAAGACGAACCGUUUCAUUGACAUCCACUUCAACUGUCUAGAAGCUACAAUCAACCUCCAGACGUGGGUGGUUCUGCUUGACUUCCUCGGUAUGGGUGCAAAGAUUCACAACUCAGAUGAUGACCCCUCGGACUUGUCUCCAGUGGAACCUUCGAAACAACUGGAAGAUGAGGAAGAAAUCAUCAACUCUGAAAUCAACUUUGCUGUAGAGAGUUUUUGUCUUGUUCUCAACAAGCCUGAUUAUGAGCUGGCCAGGGCUGGAGUACACAAAUUACAAACUCACAUCUCGCUGCACGAUUCUAACAUGUCGGUCAAAGGUCAGCUCGGCAAUCUGUCCCUGGUAGACCAGUCACCCCAUGGAGAGCUGUACCGAGAGCGAUUUGUCACAGUCGGCAGACAGGCUCUGGAGUUCGACUUGUUCAAACAUGGCAUACCAGAUUUCCAGCUUGAGAGAGAGUACGACAUCUGCUUGAAGCUGAGAAUGUCGUCAGUGAGAUACAUUCACACAAACCGUUUCCAGUCGGAGGUGGUGGCAUUCUGUCAAAACUUUCUUCAGCUUCAGGACGUACUCGGGAGAAUGCGAGCAGCAUCGGCAGGGAAAAAGGUCAGUGACAAAGCCACACACGGGACCCGGAUGCAGCUGGACAUUGAGGCAGGGUCCCCCAUCAUUCUUAUUCCACACAGCUCCAGGACGGAUGAUGUCCUCGUGGUGGACCUGGGCAGGUUAAGGAUUACCAACUCGUUCACCUUUGAUGGUGAGGAAGGCACCAGCACAUUUCAAGCUGCGGCCAAACACAAGAAAGACAGAUGCCGAGCAAAAUACUCACAGACCGAAAGAAAAACCGACACGCACAAGGCAAUGACAGAGAGUACGUUUGACCAGUACUUUCCUCCUCAGACACAUGGCGAUUUAAUGAGCCAGAGUAUCUACGGCAGCUUAGACCAUGACGUGCGAGAUUCGACCUACGAUGAACAGUAUUCCUACGUACAAACAGUGGCAGACAUUCAGUCACCUGAGCGGGAGGGAACAAGUGUUGAUCCUAACGAUGUGUUUAACUUACCCGUGUCUGGUGAUGUUUACGAAAUGGCAAGACAGAGACAGGCUUCCAUAUGUUCGUCAGUAAGUGACUUUCAGGCGUCGGAAGACUACCGAUGCCUCCUGGACAUGUGGUCACUGACGCUGACUGAUAUAGACCUCUAUGCUGCCCGCCGAGUGAACAAGAAGUUGUACAGUGGAGGAGAUGUCACACGAGACAUGGAGUUUUCAUCCUGCAUGGUGCAGAGAGAGCCUGUUCCUUUGUUGCGAGAGAAGUGUCAGCUCGACCUGCACAUUGAACACAACCUGGACGGAGACAUAAGUCACACUGCGCCCGACUGGAGACUUGCUGGCCGGCUGUCGUCCCUGUACGCCCACCUCGACUUGGCACAGUACAAGCUGGUUCGCGGCAUUCUCGGGCACAACCUGGGGGAACAGAUCGAGGAAUUCACACGUCCUCUUAUGACAGAGCUGCAGGAUCCAAGAAACCAUACUGUGUUGAGUGGUGCUGCAUGGAAGUGUAUCAGCAUUGUCGUUGAUCUCCACAAUGUUACCGUGGAACUUCUCAUGACUCAUGAUCAGGGACCUGAAAACCCAGAGGUUUCCCUGGCCCGGGUUGACUUCAUAUCUUCACAGUUAUCAUACGACAGCUUUUCAGAUCAAACCAAAGACAUAGACCUCGUGUCUCAGGAGAUUGUAGUGGUGGAUACAAGGUUUAAAACCAAGCCAAUGAAUUCUCGACCGAACGUGUUUGUGAACAUCUUGCAGCCUCUGACAGAGCAGCAGAGCAAGGUGGACCUACAGCUGGAGAUGCACUUCCGCUCGUCCAAGGACUGCACCCAGUUCACCAUCCUGCUGAACAACAUGAAGCUCAUGUGCAUCUUUGACUGGCUGCUCAGCAUGCAGGAGUUCCUCCUCACUGAUGCGGAGAACCCAUUUGAAGCUGAAGAACAAGAAAAAAAUGUCCACCAAGAACCUAGAGUGAGACAUUCAAGUGGAACUUCGUUAGGUAGAACCCAGAGUCCACUGAACGUCACCAGGGGCAUCGUGACCAAACGCGGACCGUUUGUGGAACAGGUAAAUGUUCCAUUUGAACUGCGUUUGAACAUCAACGAUACACAGUUUGUGGUGGUUGAAGAUGCUGCUUCUUUGGACACCAGUGCUGUUAUUCUUAAGACCACUGCCGUGCUGACGUACCAGCCUCGGGCCUCGGACAAGGUGAUGCGAUGCAGUCUGCAGCGUAUCGAGGUCUUCUCCUGCUGCCUCAUGUCGGAGGACGACACUGCUCUGUCGAUCAUCGACCCUCUGUCGAUCAGCAUCGAGCUGAAUGCAAACCCAGCUCCGGCGCUACGACCGGCACCAAGCUGUGGCCUUCUGGAGGCUGCGGAGGCCGCAGAGAGAAAGUUACUGCUGGAGGUCAAUUUUCAAACUCUGAAUUUGCGUUUGUCUUACCAUGACAUGAUGCUGUUUCUGUCCAUCCUCAACUCGCUGCCCCAGCAGGCAAUGAAGGCACAGCAGCGACACAGUCAGUUCCCUGGCAUGGACACCUCCGUACAUCAAGAAUCAUGCAUCAAGACGUUAAUGGAUCUUGGAUUUGUGCGAGAAAACUGUAAGAAGGCACUGACCAUGUGCAAUGAAAACACAGAUACUGCUGCUGUCUGGCUGACUACCAACUGUACAUACCAGCCAGCCAGUGAAACUAAACAGAAUUUUGAAAUCACACAUGCUGAGCUGAAGGCUCAUUGUAUCUGCAUAUGUUUGAUUGAUGAUUGUGGUGAUUCAGACAUACCUUUGGCAGAGAUCUCAUUUUCAGGCGUUCAAUUUAAUCAGCAGCUUCUACCCCGCAUGUCUGGCCAACUGCAGAGUUACGUGACGGCGGAGUACUACAACCGCAACCUGUCUGGCUGGGAGCCGUUCAUUGAAACAUGGAAAUUCUCAAGCCAUUGGAAACAGCAUGAGGAACCAGUGAAGUGUCUAAAUGUUCACAUUGAGACAGAAGUUAAAGAGGUGAUAAAUGUUAACCUGACCAGCACACUUAUUGAACAGUACAACCAGACAAAAGGAAGCUGGACAGCUGACUAUUGGAAACAGAAAUCAAGGGAAGAUGCCAAAACGAAACGAGCUGACCUUACAAGUUCUGGAUCAUCAGAAUCAAUUAGAAUGCUGCGACGACGUCUUCCGUUUAUUCCGUACAUGAUUUACAACGAGACGGGGAGCAACCUCUGGUUUCUGACAGCCACAACUACACCAACUAGCGAACCCUCUGAUGGUUUGAAGGCAAAGACCACGUCACAACAGCUAGACAGUGCGUACAUCAAAGCAUCGGACUGGAAAAAGGUGAAGCCUGGAGAAUGCAAGCCUUUCUAUUUUCACCAACGAGAAAAGUAUCGUCAUCAGAAAACUCAUGAGAUGCACAUUAAUCAGCUGGUUGUCACAGUGGAUGGGUGGCAGAGACUGAGUGCUGUCUCUGUCGACAAAGUCGGUGUGUACUUCCGACACGCAGAGCCGGCGGCCAAAUCAACAAUGUCCCACAGGGACACGGUUCACCCAGCACGGGUUGUGUUUGAUGUCCAACAGGAAGGCAAUGCUCGCAAGUUGAUCACUGUGAGGUCAGCCAUGAUGAUUGUCAACCGACUCGACUCGCCUCUAGAGAUCAAGUUAGAGGCAACAAAUGAGUCAGGACAGUACCAGAUCAUGAACCUGCAGCAGGGUGGUCAGGUGCCUAUCCCACUGCAGAAUGUGUAUGAUCGCAUCUGGGCCCGGCCUAAAGACAGACAGGUCCACUUCUGUGAUAGGCCUCUCCACUGGCAGCAUGUGGUCAAGGCUAGAGAGUACAACGAUGGAAUGAGGAAGUGUGAAAGUGUAUUAGCAGGCAAUGUGUACAGGUUUUGUGUGUCAGUGUGUAGAGAACAGUACCCGGAGGACGCGCCCACAAAGAAGACUGACCUGCCCCGGGGAGUGCCGAGCAUUUCUCACCCCCCUCUCCCCGGGCACACCAUCACUCUGCUGCCACCUCUGACCAUAUCCAACCUUCUGCCCGUCGAGAUUCACUACUACUUCCAGCACACUCCUCUGACAGGAAAUCUGAAAGCGGGAAAACAAGCAUUGUUGCAUGGUGCUGACCUGAGUGAGGACCUGUACUUUGGAGUGCAGAUGGAGAACUUUCCGCAGUGUCGUGAGCUGCGGAUCCCGUCCAACACCAACAACUACAAGGUGAAGCUGCGUCUGAUGGACUCCCACGCCAAGAACCGGAUGCUCGAGCUUAUAGUGCGCAUCAACACAUACAAGGGAGGGUCGCUAAAGUUGAGUGUGCUGUGUCCGUACUGGCUGGUGAACAAGGCUGGCGUUCCGCUGGUGUUCCGACAAGACGGGGCUCCCACUGAGGCGGCGGGCCAGGGCGAAGAGCACGAGAUGGCUCGCAGUGUUUCUCCACUUCUCUUCAGCUUCUCGGACAAGGAGUCGCCCUUCCUCUGCACAAUGAGAGUUGGCAAGAAAGUUCAUGGCUUAGAAUCUCUUCCUCAGUGGUGUCCUCGUUUUCCCUUGGACCGUGGUAUUGGAAUGCGCCAGCUGAAUGUCACCCCUCGGGACAAGAACAGGCCUGAUUGGGUUUAUGUGAUUGGUAUUGAAGUCAGUCCGGGACGUGGCCGAUAUCGUGAUACCACCAUCGUGACCUUUGCUCCGAGAUUCAUCAUUGACAACCAAUCACACCACAAGUUACUAAUUGCCCAGAGACACAACACUCUUGAACAGGAUUUCAGAGAUAUGGCAAAAUCCACUAAGCAUGCCGCUACAACCAACACGUGGAAAUUUGCUGGAGUGGCUGAUCAUCUUGUGGCUCUGCCUGAUUGUAAAAUAGCAUUUCAUUGGCCGAGGACAGAUUUUGACCAGUUGCUCUGUGUUCAGAUGGAUAAGCCUGGCUGCCAUUGGUCAGGAGGUUUCUUCAUUGACAAAGUCAGCUCUUUCCAUAUUAAUAUGAGAAACAAUGACAGUGACUGCUUGUUGCUGAAGGUAGAAGUGCUGCUUCAGGGGCCCACAUUCUUCAUCAUAUUUGCUGACGGUGAUGUCAUGCCGCCACCAUUCAGGCUGGAUAACCAUUCAGAGGUACCCAUCCUGUUUUAUCAGACUGGAACUACAGAGGAUUGUUUGAGGAAACAACUGAAGCCACAUUCUUCUGUUCCAUAUGCCUGGGACGAACCCACUAUGAGUCCUCAACUGACUCUGAAGAUUCCGGGGGGAACAUCCGCCACGUACAACCUCAACAAGCUGGAGGAAGGACCUCAGCUGUGCUAUGAAAACUUCAUAUACAUUGCAGCAACUCACACCUUCAGCAGAAAUUAUACUGGAUCAUACAGGGAAUUAGUGUUGGACUGCGUCCAUGACAACAACUUGGUAUUCAAGAGGAAAGAGACGGGUAAGAGGUCCCAGAUGUGGAGGAUGACUGGCGAUGGUAUGCUGGAACACGAGGGCUCGAUGCCGCCUCGCGACCCCAGGAACAGCAAGGCCACCACUGCUCAAGGCCUGGUUCUCGAUAUAGCCGACAUCGCCCCACAGCCGGGCAGGUGUGUCCCUCUCAAACUGAGGAAACGAGAUGCGAGGCGCAAGUCUACACAGACGUGGAAAUUCUCUGAGGCAGGUACACUGACAUGCAGUGCUGGUAUGCUGUGUGUGCAGGCAGUGGGUGGCAGUUCUGGACUCCAAGAAGGUGCUGUUGUUGUGCUUGGUCCCAGACCUGGUCUUCCACGAAACUUUGACGAACCACCCUCGCCCGAACACAGAGGUCAUACGCCACCACACAUGCAGAUUUCACGUCAGAAAUUACGUCCUGGGUCAGGCUGUCUGGCUGUCAAAGUGUUGAUGGAGGGACCAAUCAGAAUUCUGCAGAUCAAUGACAUUCAGCAUACUACUAUUGUACGACGUCGGCUGGAAGAAAUUGAAGACUGGGAAGUGUACGAACAAAGUGGGACACCUCCGCGGGAACUCCAGUCUUCACCAGACAAUGCAGAUAUCCAAAAUAUAGAGGUGGAGAUAAAUCUGCGAGGAGGUAUUGGGAUAUCGGUUGUUAACUCUCUGCCUGAAGAGCUACUCUAUAUCACACUGGGUACAAUCUCCAUGACGUUCAGCUCAGAGGCUGACCUGAUGACCAUGGAUGGACAAGUUGGUUUACUUCAGAUUGACAACCAGAUGUUUGGUGCCCAGCGGUCUGUGCUGCUGUUUGUGACCCCGCAGACCCGGAGUGACGUUGCUGACAACACACCUGCUCUACACAUCACUGCUCACAAGGUGCGCAGUGCCAAGUGGAAUGCUGAGAUAUUUAAGCACUUGAUUGUGUCGACAAAGAAAAUGACAGUCCAUCUGGAGGAGAAGUUGCUAUGGAAACUGCUACAGUUUGCUGGAUACAACAAGCCUGAGGAUGACAUGAAGAAAAUGGAGGAGAGUUGUGACACUCACAGAGCUUUGUCUGCAUCUUCUGUUCUGGCAAAGCGUUACUACUUUGGCGCUCUGAAGCUGAACACAAACCGUAUUACACUUAGCAUGGUGACCUCCAGCAAGCUGCCACCUGACCUCAAGGCCAUCAAGCACGCUCAGUCCAUGACACUCAUUGCCUUUGAAGACGCAAAAGUUGAUUUAGAUCCAUUUGUCCGUCUUCAUCCGUUUGAGUCAAGUGCCUUCCUUCUUAAUGAGAUUAUGAUUCAUUACACUCAGGAACUCAAAAGCCAGGCAGCAAAAAUCCUUGGUUCUGUAGACUUUCUCGGGAACCCUCUAGGUCUGUUCAAUGAUGUCACAGAGGGAAUAUCUGGCCUCAUUAAAGAUGGAAAUGUGGGUGGACUGCUGAAAAAUGUCGCCCACGGCGUGUCAAAUUCUGCAGCAAAGGUGGCGAGCUCCAUAUCGGAUGGGGCCGGCACUAUUUCCAUGGAUGAUCAGUACAACCAGACCCGUGAACAGUUACGACAGCAGGGUGGUCGAAGCUCCGGUCACAUCAUCGCGGGGAUGAAGGGUCUGGGUUACGGGAUAUUUGGUGGCCUCACAGGCGUUUUUACACAGCCAAUUGAAGGAGCUAGAGAAGACGGUGUAGAGGGCUUUCUGAAGGGAGUUGGAAAAGGAGUUAUAGGAACAGUCACAAAGCCCGUGUCUGGUGUGUUUGAUUUCACAUCGGCCCUGGCGAACGCAGUCCGAGAUUCCAGUCGAAGCUCAUCUCGCCAGAACCCGCCUCGUAUCCGUCCUCAGCGAUGCUGUUACGGCCCAGGCGGAUUGCUUCCUGCGUAUUCCAGGCAACAGGCUGAGGCACAGCAGCUGCUGUUCUCCAUCAAUGAUAAUGAUUACACAGAAUGUGUGAUUGCCAUGGAUCAGCUGCGAUGGGGUAGUGGUGGUAAUGGAGACAGAAAACGGCUGAGCAUGUACGCCCUCAUCACAUCGAAGCAGGUCUAUUUCCUCGGCAGUCAGGACCACGACAUUGUACUCAACAUCCUGUACGAAGACCUGGUGUAUUGUCGAUCGUUCAAAGAAAACAGAGGCGAUGGAUCAGCUCAUGAAUUGAGUUACUACAUCGAACUGACAACGAAAGCUGAUGGAGCUGCAUCUCUGGAUAGUCUGAAACACCCGAGAGUCCGAUGUGAGAAAGCCUCAAUAGCCCAGAAAGUAGUUCAAGAGAUCAAUUAUGCAAAAAACAUGUAUGAUGAGAAGGUUCAAACACUGCAGCCAUCAGUUACAAAUGAUGAACUUGAUAUGUGAUAUGUCAUAUUACUGGUAUAGACAUAGCUGAUGUGUAGAUUAUAGUUUAUAGAUUCACACAUUGCUGAUGUGUGGUGCUACAGAUCCAGACAUUGUUGAUUUGUAGUGAUAUAGACCCAAACAACACUGGUCUGUAGAGAUACAGAUCAGACAUAGCUGAUGUGUAGUGUUAUAGUUUCAGACAUUGCUGAUGUGUAGUGUUACAGGUCUAGAAUUUGUUGAUGUGUAACAUUACUGAUUCAAACAUCAAAUGAGCUUGGCUUGUACAUUAUUGUGUUGAAAGUGUAUUUGUCGAUGUGUUACAAAGCUCAUACCAAAAAUAGAAUAAAUUAACUUGUCCCUACCCAUUUAUUAAAGCUAUUAUACCAAGUGCUUAAUAUUUGAUGAACCACAGAAGAACGAGAAAAACAAAGCCAGAGACAAAACUAAAAAUAAAAUUUUGAGGUGCAAAGAGAAGUUUCCGACUGUAUCCAUGUGUGUUGGAGUAGUGGUUCUAGUCAAACACAUUGUGAAUGUUAAUAAUCAUAGGUUCACAAUCUACUGUUAGCUGCUAAAUCCUUGACCACGGUCAUUCUUUGAUGAGGAAAUAGGCUGUACAUGUAUUACUGAAUAAUAAUAUUUGUUUAUUUUACUUUAUUUUUCAUUUGUAAGUAUUUUCUACACUAAUUUGAAGACAAAAAUGCCAAAUGCUGCAAUUUUCUUUUUAGUGUAUGAAUUGAAUAAUCUGUAUCUCAGCUUAUUACACAUAAAGACCAAACCAUGACCAUUAUUGUCGAGUUACGUGAUUUAUACCUUCAUGUACAGGGCAGGUAUUACUUAGUUUAUCAUUGUGAUACCUAGUGAACUGAACAUUUUGUCUCCAGUGUUAAAAGUUGGAAGACCUAGAACUUGUGAUAAUUGUUUCAGUUGUGUGAAGUGUAUACUGAUAUUUUCAAAGGUUGUCAUUUUGUCAUUUACAAUAAUUAUUAUAAUAUAAAACCAACAAUAACAUUGUGAUAGGACACAUCAUUUUUACCAUCCUGUUGUUUAUCUUUAAUUUAGUACAAGUGUGGGAGUUAUUGUAGCCCUGUCCAUGUAAUAUGUGGAAUAAUGUGUGGUAUGUAAUACUAGUGUAUUGUAUUACAUAGUAGAAAAAACAUGUUUAAUAUAUAAAAAGUAGGCUUUAAGUCAAAACAGUUGUGUUAUUUAUAUGUUUGUAGGUGUAUAGUUUUUUCUGUUUCAUGUGUGGCAUUCCUUGGGGUUUAACCCUAGUUCUUUGUAAAUAUUUGGAUAUGACUUUAAAUUAAUGUGGUUGUAAAUAUUUGUGUAAUAUGUAAUUUGUAUAUAUAUAUAUAUAUAUAUAUAUAUAUAUAUAUAUAUAUAUAUAUACACACACAUGUUCAUUGUGUUUAUGUGUUAAACUUAAAUACAGCCAACAACCGUCUUUCCAGCAUUUUUGUCAUGUUGAAUUUUAUGACCAUGAUAGAAACUGUUGAAAUAAUUUAUGCACAUUUUCAUGGUCCUAAAUCUAAAUAUGUGUGGCAAGUAAUUAAAUGAAAUCAUCAACCCACUUUUAUAGUAAUUUUGUAUCAACGUUUUUAUUCUGUUAAUUGUCAGUUAUGACAUUUUCACUUGUUCAAAGCAAAAUUUGCUACAAUUUUACUCUCCAGAGUCGUACAUGUAUACUUUUGCUUACGAAAUGAUGACAAGAGUUUCUUAUUUUGGAAUAAUUUCCAUGUUCAGUUGGUUGUAAGGACAGCUUGUUUAAUGCGAUUUGUUUUUGCCUUCUAUUGAGCACUAACAACAGAUUUAGGCCUCAGAUUUAAACCCCACCUUAAGGGCAUCUCUAUCUAGCUAUCUCUAUAUAGCAUGACAUGUAAUGCUAUGAAUGUACUCUUUUUACCUGCAAUACCAUCCUGUUUUAAUUAAUAAAAGUCAAAAUCAGUAUCUUUACUGUAGCAUUUACCAGUUGUACUGCUAUUAUUGUCAUUACACUGUAAACAAAAAAAAAAAAAAAAAACACCCCCAGUAAAUAAAAAUAUUGAAAAAAAUAAUUAGGAUCAAACUUUUUUCAAGUAGGGUUGAAUUGUUAGAAAAAAAAAAAAAAUUAAGUUUUUAUAGGCAUAAUCAAAAUGGUGGGUUUGUUUUUUCGUGGUAUCACAAUUAGUACUUGAUGCCCAGUAGCCUUGAUUCUUUAUUAUCAUUGAACAAUUGCAUAGAUGUACAUGUACCAUUUAUGAUAAUUUUCUGUUAUAUAUUUCUGAAUUAGUGUCUUAUAUAGUUAUACACAUUCAUUACUAGUCAUGUAGUACAGUAUACUUUUCACAAUUAAUUUUGCCAAAACCAUAACAUAUUCCUUUGUAUUACAGUUUAAAUUUACCAUUGAAAACAUUGUGUUACUUGCCAUAAAUGCUCUUUGUUUUUAUUGUUAUUAAUGACUUGUGUUAAAAAGAUCAGAAUAGGGGAACCAGACUUUGUACUAAUUUAGCUUUGCAGGCUGUAAAAGAACCUGCUGGCCCAUCAUUAAAGUGUGAGAAAUAAGAUAUGGUGCUUAAUUUUGUGUGGGAUACAUAAUUACGUGUUUUUGUGUCUUUCUGGCAAUAUUUUAGUCUCUUUUUUUUUUUUUCUCUCUUUUUUUUUUGUUAAGAAUUCUGCUAUGAAUAUAAAUGUAUUUGAUUAGUUUGUAAAUUUUCAUUACUUUUGAACUUUCUAUUUAAUUUCUUCUCCCCAGUGGGAAUCCCCAUCCCCCUCCAAUCUACAUGUAUAAACGAUUCUGAUUUAUUUCAGUUUUUAUACCUGCUUUAACUCGGCCAUCAGAUUUCAUUUCAACUUACAUGUAUUUUCAUGCUUAUAUCCAAUUAUGGUUCCAGCACGCUGUCUUGGGUACACAUCUCGGCCACACAUCUCGGCCACACAUCUCGGCUAUCUGGGAUGUCUGUCCUGGACAGUGGGUUAGUUGUUACUGGUUAGUGAGAAAGAAGAUUGUGUAGUGGUCUUACACCUACCCACUGAGUUGUUAAAACUCAUUCUGGGUGGGAGCCGGUACUGGGAUGCAAACCAAGUACUUACCAGCCUUAUAUCUGAUGGCUUAACCAUGACACCACCAAGGCUGGUAACUCAGCUUUUUUAAUAGGCUUGGGUGAAAGAAGGGAGAGUACCGGUAUAACAGAUGAUCGGAAGAGGUGACGCUUGACACAGUGGAAGAUUUUGACCAAUCAACUGUUGGGAGGUUCGAACCAGUCCAUAGAAUGGGGGAUUGGGGGGGGGGGGGGGGGGGGAUUUUGG